ACGUUGCUUUUUCUUCUCUCUCCGUCUCUGUUAAAUCAAACUUCAAACCACAUCAUUCCCUUGUUCGUCAGCGGCGGCAAUCAGUCGAUCCCCUUCUCUCGAGCGGAGUAAAUCGUAUGAUGACUUCGGAGACCAGUUCUCGUGACAUGAAGACGGCAAGAGCAGGACCAUCGGAGCCCAAAAGUUUCCUGUACAAUUUCAUCGUCAGUCAUUUGUGCAUUCCAUCAAUUCGCAGAUUCUUUGUGACAUUCUUGGCGAAAUCCAGCGAACGCCUGAUCCUCCAGAUCCCGGCCGUCGACUACACCUCGGAAUUCGGAAAUGCUGCCGAGCCAAACAACAAUGCUCAAUCGAAACCCGUGCUGCUCACCAUCCACAACCCCAUUCACUUCUGCUGGCUCAUGCUUUUGGAUCCGAAGAUGGGACUCGGCGAGACGUACAUGGCGGACGACUGGUCGUGCUCACCAAAUCCCACCGAAUUCCUUCGUUUGUUGAUUCGCAGUAAGAAGCAGACUCAGGCGGCAUACAAGGCUCAGUACGGAGAUAAGCCGAGAACUAAGUCGUUCGGAUCUCACCUCACUCAGUUUUCCAUCGAUGGGGUUCGGAAGAUCGCGAAAGUUGUCAACUACGUCCAGCAUUGGCUUCUCGAGAACACAAUCUCCCAGAGUGCUCGGAACAUCCAGGCUCAUUACGAUCUUGGAAAUGACAUGUUCAAGCUGUUCCUGGAUAAGUCUAUGACCUACUCUUCGGCUCUUUUUGAUGAAGUCAAACCAGUCACUGAUGUGGACUUUGUGGAGCUCGAGAAGGCUCAAUACAAGAAAAUUGAUCGUCUCAUCGAUCAACUCGAGUUGAAGGCCGACGAUCACGUCCUGGAAAUCGGGUGUGGUUGGGGAGCUGCUGCAAUUCGUGCUGUUCAGAGAUCCGGCUGCAAGUGGACUGGUAUCACAAUCUCUAAAGAACAACUCGAGUGGGGACAGAAGAAGGUGGUGGAGGCAGGGCUUGAGGGACGGAUUGAGCUGAAGUUCCAGGAUUAUCGAUUGGUCAAGGAGAAGUACACCCGCGUCGUGUCAAUCGAGAUGAUCGAAGCUGUCGGUGAGAAGUACCUUCCUCAAUAUUUCCAAAUCAUCAACGAUGUUUUGACCGAUGGUGGAAUCGCCGCUCUUCAGGCCAUCACUUGUCCAGACGCCUAUUACGAUCAGUACCGUUCGUCUUCUGAUUUCAUUAAGAAGUACAUCUUCCCUGGAGGUCAUCUGCCAUCGCUCGGUGCCAUUUCGCAAUCCCUCCCGAAGACCUUGAAACAGACCGAUCUAUUCAGUAUGGGACAUCAUUAUUCGAUGACUUUGGAGCAUUGGUUCUUCGCCUGGAUGAAAGCCAAGGAUGAGAUCGAAAAGAUGAACUUGCCAUUCGGCUUCCAUCGCAGAUGGCAGUUCUACUUCUGUCUCUGUGCGGCUCUCUUUGCUCACGAUCACAUCGAUGUGGUGCAGCUGACAUUUAAAAAAAACGUCUAAACAUCCCCCUAUUCAGUACCCUCUUUUUUUCUGUGAACCUCCUGUUUAUUCCGUAUUUGGCCCGAUCUCUAGUCGUUUUAGGCUUUUACUGUUUUUCUCGCAGACUAUUUCAGAGUUCCGCUGUACUCGUUUCAACAAUUUCCCCCACACUCCCCACCCGUCGCUUUUUCCCCAAUUGAGAAUUCCAAUUAAUACCUUUCCAAU